UCCCGGCGGGGCGGAGUUGACGGACAGGCCUGCAGGGAGGAGGAGAGACCGGAAGUGGAGCCCGGGGAGAGCCGAGAAGACACCAGACUGUACCGAGCCAGCUCUCCUCCAUCUGUCUGUCUGGGCAGGAUGAGCAGGUAACGUGCCGCUCCCUGGACCGAUCUGCCAUGUCUGACGCCUCCGUCUCGGCAAGCGAGCCAGAGCUGGACCCACAGGAAGAGGAAGAGGACGAAGAGGAGGAGGAGGAAGAAGAGGAUGAUGAGGAAGGGGAGCAAGAUGAUGACGAAGAUGAUGAUGGUGCCGCCGAUGAAGCCGAUGAGGAAGAUGGGACAGACGAGGAGAAUGACGGUGACGAUGAGGACGAGACACCUAAGAAAGAAAAGUCUCAGAGCGCUGCGUUGGGCGCCGACGGCUCCGAUCAUGGAGGAGAAGACGAGGUUAAACAGUCGGCUACCUCAGGCCAGGGCGGACCGGAGGAGAAGGCAGCCAACGACAAGGCGGCGCAGAUGAGGAUUUUAAAUUCGACAAGCUUGAGACGCAACAUCCGAAAAGUUCUCCGUGAAGAUCAGUUGGAGGCUCAGACCAAAACCGCACAGCAGGAGGAGUUGGAAAGACGGAAACGUCUGGAGCAGCAACGGAAAGACUAUCCACUGUCUAUGAUUCCUACUAUACCGGCAGACUCUCUAGAUUUCCUUAAUGAAGAGAUCGAGCUGCGGCCUGCAGAAGUCUCCCAAAUUGUGGGGAACCAGGAGAUCAUCUGUUUGGACAGCAGUAGCGGCGAAAGCGAUGAAGAUUCACAGAGGAAAAUUGACAGCGUGACAGAUGAAGUGAUUGAGCUGAGCUCUGGAGAGGACGAGUCCCUGUCGGUUGCAGACAGCGGGGAUGGCCUCAGUGACACCGGCCAUGAACUGGACCAUGAGAAUAGCGGCUCUCAUGUCAACGAUAACUUGAACCAGCCUGAUGCUUUCGGGCAAGUGCUUGUCAACAUCAACCACCCGCCCAUGGAGAAGGACAUAUUCCUGGCCCCGCAGCUUGCCCGAGCCGUCAAACCUCAUCAGAUUGGAGGGAUCCGCUUUCUCUAUGAUAACCUGGUGGAGUCUCUCGAUCGCUUCUCCUCCAGCAGCGGCUUUGGCUGUAUCCUCGCACACAGUAUGGGUUUGGGAAAGACGCUGCAGGUCAUCUCCUUCCUGGAUGUUCUCUUCCAGCAUACAUCGGCCAAGACGGUGCUAGCCAUUGUUCCGGUCAACACUCUACAGAACUGGCUUGCCGAAUUCAACAUGUGGCUCCCGGCACCGGAGGUGCUGCCGCCUGACCAUGAUGUGGAGCUGCUCCAGCCUCGUUCCUUCAAGGUUCACACCCUAAACGAUGAGCACAAAACCACAGCUGCCCGAGCCAAGGUGGUAAAUUCCUGGUCAACGGAUGGCGGCGUCCUGCUGAUGGGUUAUGAGAUGUACCGUUUGCUGUCCCUGAAGAAAUCUUUCACCGUGGGAAGGAAGAAGAAAAGCAAGAAGGCCGCGGGCCCCGUGAUCAUUGACUUGGAUGAGGAAGAUCGUCAGCAAGAGAUGCUGCAGGGAAUAGAAAAGGCUUUGUCCAGGCCAGGCCCGGAUGUCGUCAUCUGUGAUGAAGGUCACCGGAUAAAGAACUGUCAUGCCAGCACCUCUCAGACCUUGAAGAACAUUCGCUCACGGCGGCGGGUGGUGCUAACGGGUUAUCCGCUGCAGAACAAUCUUAUCGAGUACUGGUGCAUGGUAGACUUUGUGCGGCCUGAUUUUCUGGGUACGCGGCAAGAAUUCAGUAACAUGUUCGAACGGCCAAUCCUGAACGGACAGUGUAUGGACAGCACCCCCCAGGACAAGCGACUGAUGAGAUACCGCAGCCACGUUCUUCACAGCCUGCUGGAGGGCUUUGUGCAAAGACGAGGACAUACAGUUCUGAGGACCCAGCUACCAUCCAAAGAGGAACACGUCAUCCUGGUGCGUCUGUCCCCCAUCCAGCGGGACCUGUACACUGAGUUCAUGAACCGAUUCCGGGACGCCGGGAAUAGCGGCUGGCUGGGGCUGAAUCCGCUGAAGGCGUUCUGUGUGUGCUGUAAGAUCUGGAACCAUCCAGACGUUCUGUACGAGGCUCUCCAGAAGGAAAAUCUAGCCAACGAGCAGGAUUUGGAUGUAGACGAUCUAGCUACCAAUACCCGAUGCCAAUCGAAGGUCAAGACAGAGCCUGGAACCCUGGCCGCGGUUAUGGGAGAAGCAGCCAAUAGCAGGCUAAUGCAGGGCCUUCCUCUGAACCCAACCCAAGAGAGAGCCAAUCAAGUAGUUACCUAUGAGUGGGCCAAAGAAAUUAUGUUUGACUACCUGCCGGGCCAGCUGCAGAACUCCCCGAAGAUGGUGCUGCUUUUUCACCUGAUCGAGGAGAGCAUGAAACUGGGGGAUAAGAUCCUUGUCUUCAGUCAGAGCCUGUCUACACUCUCCAUCAUGGAGGAGUUUUUAGUGAAUCGACCAAUGCCGGCACGGCCUGGAACGGAGGGUCAGGAGAGUCAGACCUGGGUCCGAAAUCUCAACUAUUACCGUCUGGAUGGGAGCACUUCAGCGUCAGAAAGGGAAAGAUUAAUAAACCAGUUUAAUGACCCCAGUAACGAGAAUGUGUGGCUGUUUUUGCUCUCCACCCGUGCGGGUUGCCUCGGUGUCAAUCUGAUCGGGGCGAACAGAGUGGUGGUGUUCGAUGCUUCCUGGAACCCGUGUCACGACGCUCAGGCCGUAUGCCGCGUAUACCGAUAUGGGCAGAGAAAGCCGUGUCACAUAUACCGUCUGGUGUCCGACUACACCCUGGAGCGGAAGAUCUACGAUCGCCAGAUCACCAAGCAGGGGAUGUCAGACCGCGUGGUUGAUGAUCUGAACCCCGAGAUGAAUUUCACCCGCCGUGAGGUUGAAAACCUUCUGCAUUUUGUGGAGGAGGAGCCGGAUCUCACCAAACAACAAUUGGACGCUGACAGGUUUUCGGAAACAGUCUUACAGAAGGCCUGUGAUAAGUACCCCCAUCUGAUCACCAAGCAUCCGUUCCAGCACGAGUCCCUUCUCCUGGACCGCAAAGAACAGAAACUGACACUGGCAGAAAAGAAAGCAGCAAAGCGCAGUUACGAGGAAGAGAAGAGGGCCACUGUGCCGUACUCGCGACCGUCCUACACACAAUAUUACCCUGCCCCAGACCACAGCUUGGGCAAUAUGCCGGCGUUCAGCCAGAGGAAUUGGCGCGCUCUGAUGAAGGGCGAUGACAGGCCCGUGGCCAGCGUCCGACCCCUGCAGUCCACCCCAAUCCCUAUGAUGCCAAGGCACAUGCCCGCCGGAUCCGCUUCUGGUUCUAUCCAUCCCUUUAACUUCCCAGUCAACUAUCUACAAAGGGCGGGUGUCCUUGUACAGAAGGUGGUCACCACCACAGAUAUUGUUAUUCCCGGAAUGACGACCUCUACAGAUGUGCAGGCCCGGAUCAGCGCCGGAGAGAGCAUUCAUGUCAUCCGCGGCACAAAGGGAACGUACAUUCGCACCAGUGAUGGGAGGAUAUUUGCCAUUCGGUCCAGCACUAAGAAGAGCUCAGAAUCUCGGCGUCCUCCACCUCUAAGUUCCCAGCCUCAGCCAGGUUCGUACAUGAGCAAUGGCCGCCACGCUUCAAGCCCCCCCACCCAAGAGAAGGACGAGCCGCAGCGACCGACCUCUCCAGACAGUCCACAGAUUCUGGGCGAGUUGCAGCAGUACAGAGAUUCGGGGGGUUCCCGAGGCUCCAACAGCGCACCCCAGCUUCCCAACUCCAUUAUCCAACCUCAAAGUAUGAACCAAGCUCCCAGAACGCUGCCCAGAAAACGCAAAGAGCCACCUGACCAGCUAGGCCUUUGGUCCUCCUCCUCCUCUUCUUCCUCCAAGAGACACCCCUAUUCACAGUAUGGUUACCCCGGCUUGGGAAAUUUCGGUUUGCCACCUUCUUCGAUGAACCACGGCUUGGCGAGAGCCGCAAACUCUUUGUACAUGGGGGCCGGCAGCGGGUCCUCCCCCUUUCAGCUGCCGUCUUUACUCUCAGACCCACAACUAGGCCUCCCUCUUGCCCCGGAAUCCCUCAUGACGCCCAGUUCGGGUUCCUCUUCUGCCCCUUCGUCCAAUAUGCCCCCUUACAUGUUGCCCUCUAAUUUCCCUCUCCAGUAUACACCACCGUUGGUCCCUCAAACCCGGAUGUACGCCCCGUUCCCUUCUUCUUCUGUGCUCAACCGGGGACUGUCGAGCAACAACGCCGCGUCAAACUUCCCAGGCUACCUCUCCUCCCAGUCCAGCUACCAGUCCCCCAACGGCGGGUCCACCUCCCACUCGCUCCCCUCGGGGGAAGCUGAAGCGGGAUCGAGCGACGAGGACGACGGGAGAGACGAUGACGACGUGGUGGAGGUGAUGGGGAAGUGAUGAAAUCGUGACCUUUGGACUUCAGUUAGGAGAAGGCCUUUUUGAAAAAAAACUAUAUAUACCUUCCCCCCCCCACCCCCUUAAGCAGCAGCACUGGUUGUCACCUGUGCCAGAAAGUUGUCGGGUAAAAAUCUGCAACCCUCUGAUGCGUUUCGAGAAGGUGCUGGACCAACAAGCACAGGAAAACCAGCUCAAUAUUUUUUUUUUUCAUCAUUGUGUCAUUCCACUUAGGGGGGAGGACAACAUAUGGAGGGGGGGGGGGGGGCGAUUUCGGAUCUACUUCCUCCCCUGGAUCCUCUGUAAGAAAAGACGCCGUCUGCUUUUGAACCUCCAAAAUACACUUAUUUUUUUUUCUCCUCCCCCCGCCCCCAACACCUUGCUGUCGAAAUUGAAUGUCAUGUUGGACGUUGACCUCCUCGUUGGAUUGGAAGGCAUCUUGGCGACGGCGGCACCCUUCUCCAAGUGUCGGAAAUUGCGAUUUUUCCUUCCUGCAAGAGCACACAACGCUGCGGCGGCGGGAACCCCUCACAGGGGCAGCGUUAUCCUCUUAAGACUGGUGAACGCCAAAACGCCUGCGCCUGACUUCUAAGAUCUGCCCUGGGUGUUUUUUUUUUUAUAUCUCGGGAAAGGGGGGGGGAUAAACAUUGGAGUUUUAUUAAUUUUUUUUUCUUUUCUAAUAUGGAUUCACGUAGAACACUCGGAAACGGGCGCGUCCGAUGCGGAUACCUGUGCGCAGUUGGUGACGCUUUUACAAAAUGUUGUUGUCCGAUGUAUAAUAAGAAAAAAAGAAUGGUGGAUCUGUUCUGCAGUGGUGACAGCCCCCCCCUCCUCCAUUCCCUACCCUCCCCCAGCCCUGCAGUGAAGGGGUUAACUUAAUCAGGUCUUUUUUGAUGUUUUAUCAGAUGUAUUUUCUGUAAAUGUUAUUUUUUUUGUUUUUUUAUUACACUCUGCGUUUUUUUUUUUUUUUCUCAGAUUUCGAUGACGUUGGCCUCAUUAAAUUUUUAUUUUUGUUGAUACACUAAUUGCACCGCAAUGGAGAGCAGAGGUCACUGUAGUGCAAUCUGUGUAUCAGAAUAAAAUUAAUAAUAAAAAAAAAAAAGAAAAAAAAUUAUGUAUACUUUUGAAGCGUAAAAAAAAAAAAA